AUGAAGAGGCCCCCUCCUCCUCCUCCUCCUCCUCCACCACUUUCUUAUUCGUCUUCUUCUUCAUCUUCUUCUUGCAUCAAUUCACCAAAAACCCAAAAAAAGUUAAAGCCUAAACGUAUCAGAGCCAAGAAAAUUCAGAAUGCUGCUGCUGAUUCUGUUGUUUCUACUAAAUCAAGAAGCUCCAUUUUCAGAGGUGUCACCAGGCACAGAUGGACAGGAAGGUUUGAAGCACACUUGUGGGAUAAGAGUAUAUGGAACAGCAUUCAGAACAAGAAAGGAAAACAAAUCUAUUUGGGUGCCUACGACAACGAGGAAUCUGCAGGUCGAACAUAUGAUCUAGCUGCCCUCAAGUAUUGGGGUCCCGGUACUCCCCUGAAUUUUCCGCUUGAGAUGUACUCAAUCGAAAUUGAGGAAAUGCAAAGAUUGACAAAGGAAGAGUACUUGGCGUCGCUUCGACGACAAAGUAGCGGAUUUUCGAGAGGUGUCUCUAAGUACCGUGGUGUGGCAAGGGAAGAAGAUGACUUUGAAAGAAACCGAUGCUUUGAUCAUGACUCCUUAGAUGAAAGUCCGGGCAUUGCAAUCAAGAUUUCAUGUUCCUUCAAUAUCUUGGCUAGGGAUGUUGUCAGAUAUUUAGUUCUUUUAUCUGAUUGUUCAGCACACAAGAGGAAGCCGCAGCAGCAUAUGAUAUGGGAGGAAGCUGCAGCGGCAUAUGAUAUGGCAGCAAUAGAGUUCAGGGGGCCUAAUGCUGUUACCAACUUCGACAUUAGCAAAUAUACAGACAAGUUGAAGAAAUUCGCACCGGAGGUCGAAGUGAAGGAGGAAGAUGUCCAAGUAAUGAAUCAAGAAACUCUCGAGAUCGUCCCUCAAACGCAAGGAGACGAAGCAAUCAACCUUCAAUACCAUCGAAACCAUCAACAAGAGGAAUUCAAUCAAAUGGUUCGACAAAGUGUCCCAAAGUUAGAGUUGAUUGAUUCCAUUGACUCGGAUGCAAUGGUGAUGAUGGACCCCACCGAGGAUAUCGAGCACCAUCCUUGGUACGACAUGUGCCUAGACUCAGACCUCAAUUCGCUUCAAAUUCCCAACAUUCCUCUCGAUGAACCAAACGAGUUGCUGGGAUUGCUUGAUGACAAAGGCUUCGAGGAUAAUAUUGAUUUCAUUUUUGACGAUUCUUUUAAUGAGAACGAGUUUCACCAGGAUGCAAUGUCCGGAACUACUGCUGGAAGUAAAGACGUUGAGGCAGAUGUUUUCGAAGGUCGAGACGAGAAGGGGCGGGAUGCAUCAUUAACAUCUUCUUCACCACCCUCGACAACAACAUCAGUUGGUAGCAACAUAUGGUAGUAUUGUUAUUGUAAGAAUUUUUCAAUUUCAGUUCAGGAAACUUCUUGUGUGUUCUUUACUAUUAUCAAACUCUCGGAAUUAGACAUGUUCUUUUAGGUAUUACCUAUACAUGAUUGGCUCAGAGUUGUUAUG